AAAAAAAGAGAGUUUCGAUCGGCAUCAAUCCUAUAUCCGCGCAAUAAGUGAAAUCAUUCAUUUUAUGCGCUUGGACAAUAAGACUAAGAAUUAAAUGUCCGAUUGACGUGCAAAAGACUAAAGUGGCUUUUUUUUAAUGACACGCUUAUUUUUUUUCCCUCCCUUCAAUGUCUUCAUUAGCCAGUUUGAUCAACAACAUCAAGGCCAACACGGCUCAUAAUCCUCUUGUUCAAAAGAAUCAAAAGAGAAAGACAACAGCUGAUUCUAAUGCAAAACAAAAAAAAACAAAGACAAUGGAAGAAUCUAAAAGCAAUGGCCCCACCGUAGUUGUAUUUGACGGAUCUAUAUUAGAAAGAAAGCCUUUAUUUGAAGCCAAGUCAGAGAAGAGAAGAUUUCUGGAUUCAAGAGUUACGCUACCCGACAAACCUGAACAGAAACAACCAGCGAUGACACCUCAGGAACUAGAAGAAGAAGCUGAGAAUGAACGACACGAUGUGGAAUUAAAGCAGUUACUUGCAACUUCAAAGUUGUUGGAAGAGUUGGAAAGAGAAGAGAUGACAUCAAAAGAAAGACGAAGACAUACCCUGCAGAAAUUGGAAACAUUGGGUGCAAAGCCUACACCCAAAGAAAAGAUGCCCUUACCACUCAAGUUAAAGGUGAAUGAGGUACAUAAACGCCGUGAUCUAGAAAAGCUGCAAGAAGCCAAGGACCUUGGAAUCUAUCAUAAAUCACUCAAGCAUCUUUAUGUGAAAACGAAACCAAAGAAGAGAGAUCGUGAUCCAGGUAUCACAACUGGUGUUGGUAAAAUGAAGGGUGCUACCUUGACUUUACGUAAAUCCGACAUACAGCGAAUUCAACGUCAGGGAGGCAAAAAAUCAAAAUAAUGAACCUUGCACAUUGUGUCCUGGCUGGUCCGAUAGCAAAAAAAAAGUAUGCAUUUUUCUUACAUAUAUACCAUUUGAAAUCAUCUUUGCUGCCCCUUAGAAUAGAUAAUAAAUAUCACACACACACAUCUGCUGAUUCAUAACGAUCAUAUAAGCGUGUUUGUUGUUGCACCUAUCUGUCUUACACAAUCAUGUUCGGGAUACGGUGUAAACUAUGCCCGGCCAAUCAUUUAAUUGCUAUCG